AGUCUUUCUACGAACAUAGACAGUCAUUUUGUUGCUAUGGAAACUAGGUUUUGACAAGCCAAUAAUAAUCAUGAACAUGUUAAGAUGCAGGUUCAUGUUAAAUACCAUCAGUGUCAUGAUACAUGUCAAAUUUGGCACAUCUGUUUCUGCUCAAUAUGAACAAAGAAGCGAAAAAAGAAGGGAAAAAAAAAUUCACUCCAUUUCCCAUCAUGCUCCGGCGCAGGCAUUCUUGUGAUGUCACAAUAAGUAUAUAUACGGCUACAGGGAAGAAUUUCUUUCUCCAUUGUUACAUUGUAACAAACGGGGCCGGGGCGAAACGGGGGAGAAAGGCGUCUUCUCUUUAAGAGAAUUUGCAACGUUUUGACGAACCGGCCCAAUAUUCGCGUUAAAUACGAGAAGACAGCGAAGUAAGCCCGACCGACUGAACCCGCCCCGGUGAGAAAAAGGAUAAACGAACACAGAUGUCAGCGGAUUUCUCCAUUGCAAGCAUUUCAAGCCUCACAUCAGGAAGAUAAGACAUUCGGCUGUCUACAUUAUUCAUGUUGCUCCGAAAAUGUUGGGAAAUAAAUCGCAGCUAAUCAUAUGACGUCCCUCUUCCUGCCGUCUGUCCUUUAAAUAGAUAGGCAUGCAACAUUUAAAUAAAACCAGCAGGUCUGAUAGGCAGCUCCUGUUUUCUGCGUGAUCUUUCACUGUGCAGAACAAUGAGCAUGGAGCCUAAGUAGCCUAAUAUAGUCAGAUAUAAGUGUCUCAAAUUGACAAUCACGCAGGCUCUUAGCCAGAUCACUUUGGGUUAGCAUUGCUCCACGGUUGCAGUCUGGAUACUCGGUUCAGGGAAAUCGGUUUUUGGCACAAAAAAAGCAUCUCGCAGGGCGUUGAAAGAUUGAUGUGCAGCUCGUACUGGAAAGAGAAACGACCUACGAGUUGGUUGGAAUAAGGGUCCCUGUUUCUGCCCCAGACACCGAGUUUCCAUGGAGGCAGGUUCGUCCCUCAGCCUCAAACGAAGAUAUGAAGAGGUGGACAACAGCUCUCCAUUCUCUACACCUAAGGACUCUGACGAUGACAUCUCCAGCAGUGACAGCGCGGACAGCUGUGACAGCCUCAACCCCCCCUCCAGCACUGCAUUUACCCCCACCUCCAUCCUCAGACAGCACAAGCCGUCGCCGGGGGGGAAGCGGGUACGUUUUGAUGUGGUGACGGUGUAUUACUUCCCCCGGCGGCAGGGCUUCACCAGCGUGCCCAGCCAAGGGGGCAGCUCCCUGGGCAUGGCCCGCCACCACUCCUCCAUCAGACACUACACGCUGGGCGAGUUUGCACGCGAACAGGAAACCAGCCACCGGCACACUUUACGCCAGCACCUGCGCCAAGAGAAGCUCAACGCCCGCAAGAUGAAGCUGACAAGGAACGGCACAGUGGAGUGCGCUCAGGCCGACCUGCUGACUCUGGAGGACGUCUCAGAUGAGGACCUCGAUGUGGACGGGGUGGAGGUGGACGACUGUUUCUUCCUUCAGCCGCUGCCUACAAAGCGGCGCCGAGCCCUCCUGCGAGCCUCUGGCAUCGCCCGCAUAGAUGCGCGGGAGAAAGCUGAGCUCAGGGCUAUCCGCCUCUCGCGGGAGGAGUGUGGCUGUGACUGCCGUUUGUACUGUGACCCCCGACACUGCGGAUGCAGCCAGGCUGGCAUUAAGUGCCAGGUGGAUCGAAUGUCUUUCCCUUGUGGCUGCUCCAGAGACGGCUGCGGCAACGUAGCGGGUCGUAUCGAGUUCAACCCUCUACGUGUGAGAACUCACUACCUGCACACCAUCAUGAAGCUGGACCUGGAGAAGAGGAGGAUGCUCAUCCAGGGGGCCGGGGACCAAUAUGCUGAAUCUGACCCGGUGUCCUCCCCCACUUCUACUUGCCCUACUUCUCCAGACCUGUCCUCUGUCACUGGCCUGGACUCUGAGCUAGAGGAGAGCGAGGUGCAGGCAGUCGUGGAGGUUCAGGAUCUCCUGGCAGAGCAGGACAUACUGGAGCGAGAGAACGAGACAGCUGUGUUGCAUCUGCAGAGCGCAGAGGAGCAGGAGAGGAGGGAGAGGGAAGAAGCUGAAGGGGAGGCGGUGCAGCAGGAGCUGGGCACUGGAGAUCUCACAGAGCAGCCUCUCUGUCUUCUCCCGGGCGCUUUGGGAGGGGAGCUGCCCGAGCAGGCAGAGGUGCCGGGUGUGGAGCAGGUCCUGCUGCAGGGGCCAUUCCCCACCGGGGCCACGGUGUUGUGCAUCACUGACAACCAGGAGGAGAGCCCCUCUGACCUCCUUAGAGACUCCACUUCUCUGCUCUACUAUCAGCUUAGUCCCAUAGAGCCUGAAGCCUUUGAGACCCUGCCCAGAGCGGAGGAGGCUGAGCAGGAGGAGCGCUCGGUGAGAGAACAAGAUGCAGGAGGAGGUGAGUGUGUGGAAGGGAAACAAGGAGGAGGAGGAGGAGGGGGAAGAGGAGGAGGAAGAGGAGGAGGAGGAGAGGAGUCGAAGGAUGAAAAGCCUGAAAAGAUCACCUGCAGGCAGAGUUUGGGCAAGUCUUUGACCAAUGUGAUUCUGUGCUCAGAGGAAUGUGUGGCAGUAGUGGAGGAGAAGCCCUCGAGCUGUCAGCAGAGCCUCCCUGAAGAGCGGUGCCAAGGGGAGUCCUGCUCGGAGGAAGAAGCGAAUCCACUGCCUCCUGAAGUUUAAUUCUAGCUUCUCUGCAGAUAUUUUGCACAAUAGCUUCAUCUAAGAUGAAUAAAUUACACAUUUCACAUUUAUUACUGCUAUCAUCAAGGAUGAUUACAGGUUGCAAUCUCUUGUAGUGACUGUCAUUGAAUUAUGUGGAGAAUGAGCUUGAGUAUUACAGUACAUGAGGGAGAGGGGAGAUGCUGAAAGCACAUACAGGUCACUCCCCAGGACUAAUAUGGGUGCAGUUACAAGGCAACAUUGUACGUAAUUCUGUUGGGGGGUGAUGGAUGCGGCCUUAAUGGAAAAACAUAACAACACUUGUGUGUAGGAGUCAUUUGUGGAUGAGAAGUACAGCAAGUAGUGCUUUGUUAAUUCACAACACAGCAAACAGAAAACACAAAUGUGUGAAUGCUGACAUAAGCCUUUUGUUCGGUGGUAUAUAAAGCUAUCAACACUAACACAAAUCGUUUUUGCAGUGCGCAAGGAGCCGGUGUGUUUAGCUACUCACUGGCUCAGUUUCCAUUACAGUCUCCGUGCUGUAGUCAAGCCAAAUGAAGGCCUCUGAUAGUAUCCUCCGCUGAAAAAUAGACCUAAUAAUCCUGGAAAUACUUGUUUUUGUGUACUGUAUAUGCAUUUGCAAUGUGCAAGACAGAGCCGACUCAAGGUUGCUGCUUUUUUUUUUUUUUUUUUUUUUUUUUUUUGAUCUGUAUGCACAUUGUGAACUUAUGGGCGGUGAGUGUGGCUCUGCUGCACUGAGACAUGAAGGUAAGGCAGCAGACUAGCACUGGCCUUAGUUGUUUGCUCUUGCUCACCUUGGGCUGCUCGUGCAAAUGCAGUCGAUUCGUCAAAAAAAAAAAAAAAAAGAAAAGAAAAAAAAAAAAGAAAGAA